UCAGAACUCCGGAGUCCGACUCUGGUUAUUCCUCGAUACAACAAAAAAAAACACAACAACAAGAAGUCUCUCUCCGCCCUACUUUCCUUCCUUUUCCUCUUUCGCUCGGAAUGGCAGGUUGGGGUAGCAAGUACACCGCAUGGGCUCCCAGAAUCUACUUCUUUCUGAUUUUCUUGCAGAUCCCUCUCUUCAGCUCUGAAGUUUGCGCACACACAGACACACAACUCCUCCACCUGACAUUACUUAAAUGGGUUCCUUCUCGGUCCGGGAUGUGCACAACACCAAUGGAGGUGACAUCUUCUCAGUUGAUUGCAAGUGAAAUCUUCCCUGCAAACGUAGUGAAGGCCAUGAUAUACCCUGGAGCCGUGGCGCAUGGACUCGUCAAGAAUAUGACAGUACCAAGUUGGAACAACUUAUUCAACAUCUAUAACCUUACUGACGCCAAGGAGUACUCGCCUGUAGCUGACCUGCAGCGUCUAGAGGUUCUUGCAGGAAGCUACUUCUCUGUGGCAGGAGCUCUUGUAGGUCUCCUGAAACCUGGAAGAAUGAGCAUGUUUGGAACACUCCUUCUGAUUUGGGGUCUUGUUAAGGAAGGAAUCCUUGGGAAACCAGUGAACACAGAUCCUGCAACAGCCGUUUUUGUUUAUCCAACAAUGUUAAUUGCACUUGUGUGUGCUUUCUCAUCUAUAAAUUACACAAAGCCCAAGAGAAGUAGCACUGUUAGGCCUGUUGCAAAACCUAUGCCUGGUUCUUCAAAAUCAAAACUAAGAUGAAAUGAUAAUGCUAGUACUGAUGCAAUGGCGUGUACUGUUUAAAUUUUAACCUUCGAAUAUCAUUUUUUUUCACUCGUCACCUUGUGUACCAUGAACUCUACAAUGUAGCUUUAGUUAGAGAUGAUAGAGACGUAGUUAUUUCUGUUUUUGUAUCUGAAAGUUCAACUAUCCUGGAUAUGUCAAAUAUUUGUUACUACUUUUAUUCAGUUCUCUCAAUUUUUCC